AUGGAACUGACAUUCUGCUCAUCCAACAAAAACAAGUACCUAGAGCUAUCAAAGUGCUUCGCUCAUCUUGCAACUAUCAAUUGGGCACAACUUGACAUACCGGAAAUUCAGGGCUCACUGGAUGAGAUAGUGACCUACAAAGCUGAUUAUGCAUACAAAACUCUAAAUAAACCCGUACUUGUGGAAGACACAGCACUGGGGUUUACCGCCCUUAAUGGGCUACCAGGGCAGUACAUCAAGACUUUUGUAUCCAAAUUGUCUCUUAGUGACAUAACAAAAUUGCUUGAUGGUUUUCCCGACAAAACAGCGGUCGCUACUACAACUAUCGGAUUUCACGACGGCACCAGAGUUCACACAUUCAGUGGUAGCUUGAAGGGUAAAAUUGUUCAACCGCGUGGCCAAUUUAGUUUUGGAUGGGAUCCAAUUUUCGUUCCUGAAUUCAGCAAAUCAACCUUCGCAGAAAUGACACACGAAGAAAAGGUUAGGGAUUCCCAUAGAACCCGUGCGAUUAAUGCUUUUAAACAGUACAUAUAUGGCAUGAACUAG